AUGGCUAGGUUGCUCACUCUUGUUGUUUUAUGUCUUAACAUUACGUUCAUAUUAGGUGGGCGAGGAAAAUAUGUGAAUAAACGAAGUUUGAUUGAUUUAAAAUGUUAUGAAAAUGGGAGAUUUUACAGGAACCCGCAUAGACCAGAAGACGGCUUAUGGUCCAGAGAGGAGUGUGCCAAAUAUUACCUAUGCGUUGAUGGAGAGGUCUUUGAAUUCAAAUGUUCGCCAGGAUUGCUCUUCGAUGUUAAUCGUCAGUUGUGCGACAUGCACCAAAAUGUACAUAAUUGUGAUAUGACGACAGAAACUUCGAUACCGAAGCCUCUGUUGGAGAAGGCUAAAUGCGCCAAUGAAACUCAUUUGGGAUGUUCUGACAACCGCUGUUUGCCAGCGGCAUACUUUUGCGACGGAUCAUUCGACUGCGAGGACUAUUCAGACGAAGGCUGGUGCGACUUAAACUCGGACCCAAAUUCCGCGGAACCGUGCGAUCCCGGCAUGUGCCUGUUGCCCGACUGUUUCUGCACGAAAAGCGGCAAAGAAAUACCAGGAAAUCUCAUUCCGAAUCAGACACCUCAAAUGAUAACUCUCACCUUCGAUGGCGCAGUUAACCACGAAAACUGGGAUAUUUACACGAAACAUUUAUUCACAUCUGACCGAAAAAAUCCCAACGGGUGCCCCAUUAAAGCCACCUUCUUUAUUUCGCACCCCUAUACAAACUAUAGGCACGUGCAGAAGUUGUGGAACGAUGGGCAUGAAAUUGCAGUUAACUCCAUAACCCACCGUGGACCGGAGGAAUGGUGGUCGAAGAACGCCACCGUCGAAGACUGGUUCGACGAGAUGGUCGGACAAGCGAAUAUAAUCAACAGGUUUGGCAAAGUCUGGAUGGAAGACUUCAGGGGCCUCCGCGUGCCGUACCUCUCUGUAGGCUGGAACCGCCAAUUCCUCAUGAUGCAAGAGUUCGGCUUCGUGUACGACGCGACGAUAGUGGCUCCGCUAUCCGAUCCACCAUAUUGGCCUUACACGCACGACUACAAAAUGCCGCAUGCUUGCACGGAGAAUAACCAAUACUGUCCUACAAGGAGUUAUGCUGGUUUGUGGCAAAUGGUAAUAAAUCCUCUAUCAAAUGCCAAUCAAACAUGUGCUACUUUAGAAUAUUGCCAAUCAACUUUGAGUGGUGAAGACAUAUACAACAUAUUAAUAAAUAACUUCAAAAGACAUUACCUGAAAAAUAGAGCUCCAUUUGGUAUACAUUUAAGUGGCACAUGGCUCAAAAACAGCCAUUAUCUUGCUGCACUAAAGAGAUUUAUAAUCGAACUCUUGCGGCUGCCUGAUGUCUAUUUUGUAACAUACCGUGAGGUCAUUGACUGGAUAAAAAGACCAACACCAGUGUUGCAAUUGAAAAAGUUUCAACCGUGGCAGUGCAAAGUUCGCCGUUUCAAUGAAAAUGAGAUUGCUUGCAACAAGCCUAAAACAUGCAAAUUACCAUCCAAAGUAUUAGAGCAUGACAAAUACAUGAUAACAUGUGUGGACUGCCCAAAGAGCUACCCAUGGAUAAGAAAUGAAUUUGGCUUUGAU